CGUGGGAGCAGACAGGCGGGCUCAUACACUGCCGGAAAAUAUACCACGCUAGUAAUACGCUAGGAGGCGAGUUCUUGAGAGUACUAGAGAAUCGUAUUCACCAUGAAAAUCCUGAAAGUUGUUGUGUUUGCUUUCUUCGCUCUUCUGCUGGUGGCUGUGAAGGCGAUCCCGCUGACGGAACCCAGGCUUGCUAUUGAAGUGAUCGCGCUCGAAGAGGGAUGCGUCAGACAAGGUGGUAUCUGCGUGCACACCGACGAUUGCGACCCGAACAACCAAGUGCAUAUGGGUGAUCUGCUCUGUCCAGCACAGCGGCACUUAGGAGUCACUUGUUGCUAUGUCUGAGACUCGGCAGAUGCUGAACCAUCGCGCGUACUUAUGUAUAAUUAAUGUUAAAAAUAUAAACUUAAUUAGGCUAAGUUUAAAUUAAGCUACAAUUAUAGAUAUAUCUAAGAGUAAUUUGUUAUUGUUCCGUAUUAAAAAAGUACUCCGUCUAACAGCGCUUUCGUACUAGCGGAUUUUCGCUUGAUUUUAAGUACAACUUAAUAAUAUUGUAACUUUAUAAAAACAAUAGAGCAAGUGUGACUUGCUUGUGCCAAAAUUAGAUAAACAACCAAAGGUAAUCUAGGUAUUAACAUGUCAAAAAUUGACUAAUCAUUACUUAAAUAUAUAUAAGUUAGUCUACACAACAUGAUUUCCAUACAAAAUUGCCUUUUGAAGCUAUGUAAUUUGUAAAACAAUUCAGAUAUUAUUUUGAAAUCAAAUAAUAUAAUUGUGGAUAUAGUAUUAUAGCAACUGUUUAUUAAUUUAUUCGAAUUUUAAUUACAUUUCUGUAAUAUGAAAAUAAUAAAAUUGUUUAUAAAGUG